GCAUCAAUUUACACUUAGUUCUAGUGGAGCCUGCGCGAAAGUCACGACGCGACGUUUCGUCAAAUAGCACACGAUGAAGGCAUUUGCAGUGAGUUUAGCUUUGUGCUGCUUGAUCGCAGUAGCAUUUGCCGGUCAGAGCAUUUUACUCAAUGCGACUCACCCAGAUCACCCUGGGAAGUGCUACGAUCCAACAUCGAAAUUGGUGCUCGAUCCCGAUGAAGAGAAAUCCAUUCCUGGUGCUUGCACCGAGGCAUACUGUUCCAGAGAUUAUUCUUUGACCUUUACGAGCUGUGUACUGUCGAUAGUGGCUGACCCAAACUGCGAAAAAAUCAAGCAAGAUCUUACCAAGGAUUACCCGGAGUGUUGUCACAAAUAUAAAUGUGUACACGAUGGAAAAGUGAGUUAUCAUUAACUGAUUCAUUUUGAAUAAAACAAAAAUCAAUCGAAAAAA